GAUGCUAGUUUCCUCUUGCCAUUAGCGCUGAAAACAUGCUAUAUACAACAUAUCAAAGGUACUGGUAUCGCAGUAUUCGAACUGGGAACUCGUUUUUGACGUGGUCAACGCUAGUCAUUCUUCUUCUCUAUAUUAGCGGCGGAGUAACCCAAAUCGAAGAUUAUGAAGGAAGUGUGCCAUAUGCAGGCUCUACACGGGAGGAGAGAUUUGUAAAAUCGGAUGACGAUGAACAAGUUAUCUCGUCGAGUGAGGCCGCUCAAAGACUAUGCGUCAGGAAAGAAUUCAGUGGAGGUGGUUUCAAAAUAAGAGGAAUUUUGUAUAACACGCUCUAUAUUUGUCCUAACGGGCAAAUAAAGUUCACAAAUGGUUUUUAUCAAAAUUAUCCAUUCAAUUAUGGUAGUAGCGGCAUCCAGCAGGAUGAGGAUCCCUCCGUGUCUCCGUAUUGGUCCCGUGUUAACGUACGUGCGUUUGGUGCAGGUCCUCGUGACUCAAAGGUCCGUUUUGCGUCUUAUCACAAAGACCGAAACCCAAGUCCGGUGGUAUUCGACAAAGUAAACCAGGAUGUUGCGGAAUUUACAGGGAGGUCUUUUAUCGCGACGUGGGUGUCAGUUGUCACCUAUGAAAAUAUAAGGCCUGCCGACAGUACGCAACGAAACUACGGAGGGUUAAAUACUUUCCAGGCCGUUUUUGCAUCGGAUGAAUCAACCUGGUAUCUAAUGUACAAUUAUGAUGACAUUGACUGGUCUGUCGCUGCAUUAAAGAGCGAGUUAGGUCGUUACGUCGAUGAGCCUGGACUACCAGUCACAGGUUGGAAUGCUGGAAGGCGGGGCUUUUUUUACAGAAAUGGAGAAGAGUACGAAAACUUGCCGGAAUCCGGAACAGUGAACGCCCAAGUCAUCGACGAUUAUACAGGCAAUCUUGGUAAAGGCAGAUGGAUAUUUGCAAUGAGCCCAAACACCGCUAAAACGCCGGGUACACUGUGCUACGAUUGGUUUAUUAGCGCCAGCCCCGUGGUACCGGAUAGUGCGUUGCAAUGCCCUCCCACCGAACGGCAAGCGCAUUUUGAUGCAAGAUUUCGUCGCCGAGACAGAUUUCGACGUAUUUGCUACGUAAAAAUAAAUCCACAAAUCAUACGUGCACGUGGACUACGUUGCUGUUACCGUCGGUUCGGAGGGCCACUCUUAAGGAAUUUACGUGAACCUGGAGGAUUUUUAUCGGCUAAUCCUUUACGCUUCAACGUUCAAGAAGACGAUGAUGCCUAUGAGAAUUGCUGCGUCUUAUCCAAUUUUUGCUCGGCGUACGCUUCGCGAAGGCCGAGACAAUUUGGAAGAGGAUAUAGACCACGUUCCCGCAGAAGAGGGUGGGGAUAUGGAGAUCCUCAUUACAGCAAUUUGGAUAGGCUGAAUUAUACAUUUAACGGUUGUGGUGAUUAUAUGUUUCUCCUCACCAAUGAUGGCAAAAUCCAAAUUCAGGUCCGGUUUACUCAAGCAAUUGGAGCUGGUUUGGGCACUGUCAUGUCAGCAGUGCUGUUCAAAGUGGAAGGCAUUGUUCCUAUUCAAAUCAACCACAACAGCAAUGGUGGUCCUGGGAUGUUGAUCAAUAUUAAUGGUUCACAGUAUGAUGACUACGAUAACCUACUAAACAAUUCUCACGUCGUUGGAGAUUUCAUUACCAUUUCGAGAAAUGAAGAAAACGCGAUACGACUAGUGACAGGAAAUGACACCUUCAUUGUCGUUACCCGCGAGAGCAACAAUCUUGUAAUCCUCAUCUCCCUGGACAGAGAACGGUAUUUUGGCAUGACCCAGGGUUUGCUUGGAAACUGGAGCGAUACGGUUGAGGACGAUUUUAAUCUGCCAAAUGGUACUAACCUUGGAUAUCCUUUAACUGAUAGCCAGAUUCACUUUGAUUUUGGCGAGAGCUGGCGUUUGGCACCCGAACAAAAUUUUAUAAUAAACACGACGGCUGACGCAAAUUUUUUCUGCCCGGACAAUUAUGCACCGAUUUUUAUCAGCAAUUUUACAUUCCCAAACAAUUCCAUUGCGAACACUGCUAGUGAUGUUUGUGGGAAGAUCAAAAUUGCCUCUUUGAUAUUGCUGCGACAUUGCUCUCCGAGUUUUGGACAGACAACGAAAAAUAGUGCCGAGGCAUUGGAAGAAGAAAAUUCGAUUUCAGAAAACAGCGCUCCAACCUUUGAAAGUGACGACGUGGUUUUUAAUUUCACACUCGGUGAAGUGUUCGAGUAUACUAUCAGUGCAACGGAUGAGGAUGGCGACAGUUUGGUAUUUCCACCACCGGAUCUUCCUCCUGGUGCCACGUUAGAAAUAAAUGAGACUAGCAUAACUUUUCGCUGGCGUGUGAACACAACGCAAGCGUUCAAUUUGUCGUUCUUGGUUCAAGAUGCAAACAACGGGUCGAGUCUUCUUGUUCCUGCAAUCACUGUAUGUGCUUGUCAAAAUAAUGGUACAUGUGUUCAGCCAGCGACGACCUUAGAGACAAGAAACAUCACAUUCAAUCAACAUCAAGUAUUGGCAUGUGAUUGUGAAAUCGGAUUCAUCGGUGAAUUUUGUGAAACUACGAGAGAUUUCUGUCAGACACAGUCUGGUUCUCCGUGCCAUCCUUUAGUAACCUGCACAAAUACACCGAAAGAAUACCAAUGUGGGCCAUGCCCUGCCGGGUAUACAGGGUUGGGUGAAGACUGUGCAGAUAUCGACGAAUGUCAAGCUAAUCUUCAUAAUUGUGAAAUGCUGUGUGACAACAGUGCUGGAUCAUUUGUUUGCGAUUGCAUGCCCGGAUACAGAUUAAACGCCGAUAAGAAGUCAUGCGACGAUAUUGACGAGUGCACGACAGCCCACGAUUGCCAGCAAAAUUGUAUAAACACCAAUGGUUCAUUCACCUGUGGUUGCAAUACUAAUUUUAAAGUUGAUCCAACUAAUUCGAAAAACUGUGUCCCCGUUACAAGUUGUCCUUCUGGUCACUCUUGUCAACAUGUGUGUGCCAUCGACGGCGUAUCUGGAAACCAGAUUUGCUCGUGUAACCCUGGCUAUACCGUCGAUCCUGAUGAUGUUACAAGAUGCAUUGACAUUAAUGAAUGUAACAGCACAACAAAUCUGUGCAACCAGCUAUGUACUAACUUCGUGGGAGGCUUCAAUUGUUCGUGCACUAGUGGAUACGAGAAAGUACCUGGUAGUCAAACUACAUGUCAAGAUGUCGAUGAAUGCAUCAUCACUUUUGACGGCAAUGUCUUGAAUAAUUGCAACACAAGCAAUGGAGGCGAAGUCUGUGUCAACCUAAUAGGAACUUUCAGAUGUGAAUGCAACAGAAACCUCGGUUUUUUCCUCAUUGACGGCGUAUGUCGAGUUCCUGACGAUGGCAAAGUGGUAGUAGUUGAACCUGAAGCACCUCCGGUCUCUACCAGAGAAAACAUAAACAGCUCCGUUCAAUUAAGGUUACAUAACAUUAACCUUACUCAGUACGAUAGACCAAAGGACAUUACGUUCAGACGUUCCAUCGCAGAUGCACUGAAUGCUUACUGCAAUGCAAACAGUCAAAGAAGAAUUGAAUGUGGUUUAACAUCGCAUGGCUUUGCAUUCACGGAAUCUAACGUCUUCCGUUUGUCUAAUGGGACGACCAAAGACAAUGGCGAUCUCUUAGUAUCAUAUUAUGCACUUUAUCCCAACGGAACUCGGGAUGACGGACGUCUUUCUGUUCCUCUCUCUGUGCUCUUAAGUGCAAUUACAGAUGGAUUGGAUGCAAUUUCCGCUGCUACUAAAGAAACAGCAACAGUCGGAGAUGUAGACGAAUGCAGUUUGGGCAUAGAUGACUGUGGUCAAACUUGCAACAAUACACUAGGCAGUUUCUCGUGUUCUUGUCACCAGGGAUAUCAACUUGAUAGCGACAAGAAGUCAUGUACUGACAUAGAAGAAUGCGACAUAGACAAUGGUGGCUGUGGUCAUGGUUGUAACAAUACAGUGGGCAGUUUUAAAUGUUUUUGUUAUGUGGGAUAUCAACUUCAAAAUGAUAUGAAAUCAUGUGCUGAUAUAGACGAAUGCGAUUUAAAUGAGUGCGCCCAUGGUUGUAACAACACACAGGGCAGUUUUAACUGCUUUUGUCGAGAUGGAUAUAAACUUGAGAAUGUCAAGUCAUGUACAGAUAUUGACGAAUGCUUGGAAGAGAUACAUAACUGCAAUGACUCUGGAAACGGAGAGAUAUGCCGCAAUAUCUUAAAUGGUUUUGUUUGUGAAUGUAACAGAACGAUUGGUUUUGGUCUAAUCGACGGUAUUUGUCAAGCGCUCAAUGGAACUGUCGAGCCGCCGCCAGUGCCACGGAAUACUACCGACAUUCAAAAUACCAAUGCAGUCGAACUCAUCAUACCAAAUUCAAGAACUGAAGAGUAUGGUGGAAGAACUGACUCUCAAUUGCGCGCUGCGAUCGCAAGAGCUCUUAACAGUUACUGCAAUGCGAACGAUUCGAGAAGACGAGAAUGCGGUUUACCAGGAUCUGGUUUUGAAUUUUCUGAGAACAAUAUUCAUCGAAUACAAUCCGAUCCAUCGCAAGACGGUAGCGAUACAUCCGUAUCAUUCUACGCUCUGUAUCCAAAUGGUGUACACGCGGACACGAAUAUCCCUGUUCCUCAAAUAACGUUAUCAAACGCAAUUAAAGAAAAUUUGAACGACAUUCGGCAAUCAACAGGCCUAGACGCAUUAACCCUGGUGGAGGAUACGUUGCCUUCAAGUGACGAUAAAGGCGUUGACUGGCCUCUUAUCCUUGGUCUUUCAUUGGCAGGAGCGUUGCUGGUCCUGUCGGGCAUUGCAGCUAUUUGCAUGUGUUGCUGUAAAGGCGCUGCUAAGAAGCCGAACAGAAAUGCUCCAAUGAGGUUUGUGUACGACGCUUAUCGCCAUCGACCACGUCGUCGUUUGAAUGUCGCUGAUAUGGAACCCAGCUUUGGUACAUUCCAUUCGAUGAGCGGUGAAACCUACUCAGGAUUUGACGAAGACGGAUUACCUGUAGACAUACAAACGGAUUAUGAUGGGCUUUCUCGCCAAGCACGCACGAUUUCCCACGUGCCUACUGCGUCGCAAGGGAGCUUUAGAUAGAAUUUAGCUUUGACAUCGCACAACGGCGCUUUCCAGUGUGCUGCGCGUGCUGAUAUUCAAAAUGAACAAGAGUUUUGCAAUGCUUUUAGGAAGAAUAUAAUACAAUAUCUAAUAAUAUUUAAUCUUACAGCAACAACCGCUGCAAUCAACAUAAUAUAAAGCAGACUCUCUAAUCCACAGCACCCGUCUUUUUUUUCGAAAAUGUGAAGUGAUGUGGAGUAAUAGCACUGAAUGAUAUAGUUCGAGAAAUAAAAAUACCGCUGCACAAGCGACAAGUGAUCUUGUUUAAUAAACAACUGACACA